CCUUUCUCUUUCACUAGCGUUCAAAGUCAGAAGAAGAACAAAAAGUGGCAUCACGCAUAAUACUUGAAUUGAACUACUACAUUCGCCCUUUCUGGACACAGCCCAUUCUCUUCAUCAGAAACUACUGAAAAAUCAAAAAAGGCUCGGUCGCGGAUUCUUGUGAGCAGCAAACAAAUUUAAAAAAAUGGUGUCGAAUCAUUUGUUACUGGAGGAACCCAUAAGGAUGGCCUCCAUCCUUGAGCCAUCCAAAUCGAGUUUUUACCGAGCAAUGACGAAGAUUGUGGGAACAUUGGGUCCACGUUCGCGAUCCGUUGAGGUUAUCUCUGGCUGUCUUCAAGCUGGGAUGUCUGUGGCAAGAUUUGAUUUUUCAUGGGGAGACAAAGAUUAUCACCAAGAAACUUUGGAGAACCUGAGGGCUGCCGUCAAGACGACCAAAAAACUCUGUGCUGUCAUGUUAGAUACCGUGGGUCCGGAACUACAGGUUGUCAAUAAAAGCGAGAAUGCUAUUUCACUUAAGGCAGAUGCAACCGUUAUUCUCACACCUGAUCAAGGUCAGGAAGCGACUUCUGAAGUGUUGCCUAUCAACUUUGCUGGACUUUCUAAGGCUGUGAAGAAGGGAGACACCAUUUUCAUUGGCCAGUAUUUGUUCACAGGAAGUGAAACAACCUCUGUUUGGCUGGAAGUAGAUAAAGUGAAUGGUGAUGAUGUAGUUUGUGUGAUAAAGAACACUGCAACACUUACUGGGGCCCUAUUCACACUUCAUGCUUCUCAAAUCCGAAUUGAUCUGCCAACUCUCACUGAUAAGGACAAGGAGGUUAUAAGCACAUGGGGUGUCCAGAACAAAAUUGAUUUUCUCUCACUGUCAUAUACACGUCAUGCGGAAGAUGUUCGUGAAGCCCGUGAAAUCCUAUCUAAGCUUGGUGAUUUGAGCCAGACGCAAAUCUUUGCAAAAAUUGAAAACGUGGAGGGUUUGACUCAUUUUGAUGAGAUUCUACAAGAGGCAGAUGGCAUCAUACUCUCCCGUGGGAACCUGGGCAUAGAUCUUCCUCCAGAGAAGGUAUUUCUGUUUCAAAAAGCUGCUGUCAAUAAAUGUAACAUGGCUGGAAAGCCAGCUGUAGUAACUCGUGUUGUUGAUAGUAUGACUGACAAUCUGAGGCCUACGCGUGCUGAAGCAACUGAUGUCGCAAACGCUGUAUUAGAUGGAACUGAUGCAAUUCUUCUCGGUGCUGAGACUCUACGAGGAUUAUAUCCCGUUGAGACUAUUUCUAUUGUUGGCAAAAUAUGCGCAGAGGCCGAGAAGGUUUUCAAUCAAGAUCUAUACUUCAAGAGGACUGUCAAGUAUGUUGGAGAACCCAUGACCCACUUGGAAUCAAUUGCUUCCUCUGCAGUACGGGCAGCUAUUAAAGUCAAGGCAUCUGUUAUCAUUUGUUUCACUUCAUCUGGAAGGGCUGCAAGAUUAAUAGCAAAGUACAGGCCAACAAUGCCGGUACUAUCUGUUGUCAUUCCUCGACUUAAGACAAAUCAAUUGAAGUGGAGUUUCAGUGGUGCAUUUGAGGCAAGGCAAUCACUCAUUGUCCGAGGUCUCUUUCCUAUGCUCGCUGAUCCACGACAUCCUGCGGAGUCAACAAAUGCUACCAAUGAGUCAGUUUUGAAGGUUGCACUUGACCAUGGAAAGGCUUCAGGAGUCAUAAAGUCACAUGACCGAGUUGUUGUUUGUCAAAAAGUUGGAGAUGCAUCUGUCGUGAAGAUUAUUGAACUUGAAGACUAGCUUAGAUGCUAGUUGUUGUUUAUGCUGUGUGGUUUUAAGACAGGCCAUAUCUUGUCUUCGAAUUUCAUACCUCGGGGUUUAGUUGGCAGACUGCAUCACGAAAACAUGCAUACAUGUCAAUUCUUGGUGGAAAGUUUAUGUAUUCUCGAAUUCAAAUAGCAACGCAGUUGUUUUCAACUUGCUUUAAGCAGGGUCGUGUCUUUUUGGAUUCAAUAUCUAAUUUGAGACUUUUCUUGUGCUUGUGGAA